CCUCGAUUAUCUUCGCCCCAAGACAAGGCAAUCCCAUUGUGGCUUUGUUCAUACAUUUUCAUACAUUCCUUCUUAUAAUCAUACCCGUGGGCUAUUGUCCUGCUGCCAAUAUGCUCUCGUCCAAUCUCCAGAAGCUGUCUCUCAUCUGUCUAAUAUCCACCACCGUCCCCGCUACCUCCGCCCUAGCCACAGCCGUCUCCGCUGCCCAGGCCGUCGGUCUGAUACAGCGAGAGACAACAUGUGGAGGGAACUCCGGUCUCUCGCAAUGCGGAGCAUCCUUUCCCUCCGACUUCUGCUGUCCUACCGACCUCAAAUGCCUCCCAAUCAAUAAUACCAUCUCAAUCUCCGCCAUCUGCUGUCCUGCCGGCCAGGACUGCGGCUUCAUCCAACCCAUCACAUGUGAUGUGACCCAGCUCGACGCAACAUUACAUCCCGAUAAUCAAAUACACACAGCCAACACCACCGACCUCAAGCUCGAAAUAUGUGGCAGCGCAUGCUGUCCGGUGGGUUACGUCUGCCAAAGCGGCAUGUGCGCCAUCUCCAAGCCAUCUUCUUCAGCUUCUGCCUCCUCUUCUCUAUCACCAACGGCCUCCGCUACUGGCACCGCUCUUCCGCAGUCCUCCCAGACCGCUGCGUCCAGCCCUCCCAUCCCAACCAGCGUACCAUCUUCCAAUCCCGGAUUCCCUGCCAAAGCAGUCGUCGCCGGAUUCUUCCCGGGCAUGCUUCUCGGCGCCAUCCUCGCCGUCGCUAUUAUUUGGCUUAUCAAUAAGCGCCGCGAAGCUGCUAAGAACCGCUACAGUGGCGAUUUUGGCCAUGUCGCUCGUACUGUCUCUGAUCCUAUUUACGAUCCUGUCUACGCAGCACGCACCGACUUCCUGCGUCGUGGAAGCACCAGUGUAGCGAGCCAACCCUCGCCCGCACGCGACACAGAGAUGCAAAUGGGCACAGUCGGCAUGUCUCUCGCGAAUGCGAACAUCAACGUAAAUCGUAGCAAUACCACCGGUGGCAAAAUGAACCAGUUUCCAUCGCCGCCUCGCGCUCAGACGACAACUCCGCGAGUUCGUGCUCUCUUCUCCAAAUCUCCUAAACUUGGCCUGUCUUCUGCGGCGCGCGACCCUUACACCACCCCAACCCGCACACCCACCUCUCGCUCCUCUCGCUCAUCGCGGUCUAAGCGGAGAGCAGGGCCUGAGAGGAGUGGCAGCACUGAGACUAUCGACGUUCUGAUGCCCGCUCCGAGCUUUCUAGGAGUGCCAAAUGCGGACACGGGUGCCAACGGACGACCACUGACUGGUGGCACGACGUUCACAAGGCUGAUGGAGGACGCAGGGUUUGGUAGGGAUAGCAGAGACCUUGGAGGUCUAGGAGUUCGUGGCGUAAGUCCGCGGAGGGGUGUAUAGUGUGGAGUACUCGGACAGUUCUUUCUUAACAUCGUCUUUUCUUUCGUCUUGAUCAGUGGCGUUGCAUUUAGCAUGGGCAAGCGGGUGUUUGGGUUUUUUGGAUUCGGAGUUUUGGCUGGAUGGAAACAGAUACCACUGCUUUUUACUGCGCAUUCGUUUGGAAUUUACACUGCAUCUAGGUGUAAGCAUUUCUUAAUUACUAUCGCUACAUUCCCGUCCAUCAAUAUCAUAUUUUAUUGAUUCCUAUAUCUCGUCUUGGAACUUGUCGACGUCUCGAAGUGUUUUCAAGUCUAACAGGGUAUUUAAUGUAGCAAGUCUUGGCCCGUUUACUGUUCUCAGGUUGCAGAAGUGUAGAAGACCGUAAGCUUUUUCCACUUUGGUCACAUGAUAAAAGUAGACAAAACUUUCCGGCCUUUACACUUUUGCCGCAAAUAACGUGCCAAGAAUUGCUAUAUCC